UAGACCAGCCAAAUUUGGAUUUGGACUAUUUCCAAUAUAUUGUAAAUCAGGAGGUGUUUAUUUUAACAUCUGCAUCAACUGUUCUUGAUAUACCCAUGGAUGUUAUGGAUUGUAUUUUAACCCUUCAAAGAAAGAUCCAUGACACCCUUUCUCAAGAAGAACAUUGUGUUCUUACCACAGAAGUUUCUAGUAGACGAGGGCGACCCAAAUUAGAAGUAUCUGAAGACCUUUUGGUCCAUUUAAUAGACAUGGCCCUACCAGUGUCAUGUAUUGCAAACCUGCAUGGAGUCAGCAUAUCUACUAUUUUCAGACGCAUGCGUGAGCUUGGGUUAUCAACAAGAUCUUCCUACAGCAAUUUAUCUGACAGCGAACUUGACAAUGCUAUAUUAUCAAUAAAGAACAGAUUACCUAAUGCUGGAUAUCGGAUGGUAAAGGGUUGCCUUCAAGCAGAGGGUCACAGAGUUCAGUGGGAACGGAUCAAAGACUCAAUGCACAGAGUUGAUGGAGCUGGAGUUUUACAAAGAAUGUUGCAGCUAGGGUGCAUCGUCAGAAGGACAUACUCUGUACCACAUCCUUUGUCCUUAGUACAUAUAGACACAAAUCAUAAGUUUAUAAGGUAUAACAUCGUCAUAUUUGGAGCAAUAGAUGGAUACUCCAGAAAGAUAAUGUACUUGGAGCCUGCAACAAACAACAGAGCAAGCACUGCUCUUACAUUUUUUCUAAAAGCUGUGGAAAACUAUGGUUGGCCUUCCAGGGUGAGAGGUGAUGAAGGAGUUGAAAACGUGGCAGUAGCUGAAGCCAUGUUCAGUGUAAAAGGAACGGGAAGAGGGAGUUUUAUAGCUGGCAAAAGUGUACACAAUCAAAGAACCCAGAGCUCUUUGGAACUGACUGGGAAACGUUUGAUGGUGUCAGUGAAGAACCUUCUGGAGUUCAUGUCCCAGAAGUUGACUGUCCUCUGUCUCCAAAUGCAAUGGAAGCUGUGA